AGCCACAAGUUGCUACUACUAGUGUACACUACAGUUCAACACGCCUCCUUACAGCUGGAUGUGUCUUCGUCUCCAGGAAAUUACUAAACAUCAGCAGUGAAAAUGGUUGCGAUAUUAUCCAGUUAAUCCUUAACGAUUUUCGGACGUGUCGUUUGGAAAAGUCGCAUGGUAUUCGCAACAAAAUGAGAUUUUUGUGAGUGAGACUGAUCGCUGGUGAGCUCUAGGCCCUUCAGUGAUGCCUCGGACCGUCGUAAGAUCCUGAGCCGACCAGAGCUCCGCUUCACACAGCUGGAGGCUCGAAAUAGUCCAGGAAGAGAGAGACCUGGUCACUGAGUUUAUGAACAGUCUGGAGAGAGACGGGGAAUCAUGCUUCCACCAUCAAGAAGGGAUUUUGUAUCUCUGACUCUCAACGAAAGCAGUAGCUACACCAACAGCAAGCAGUGGCGCCGACAGUCCUGCUGGAGGAAAUGGAAACAGUUGUCCAGAUUGCAGCGCAGCCUGAUUCUGCUUACAUUGAUGCUGUUGUUGGUUUGUGGAAUCGUUACUUCUCCCACUCUCAUAGGGCACUGGAGAGGUGGUGCAUUUGGGGGGAACAGGGAUGAUGGGAAACAGUCAUUUGUUGUUGACCUGAAAAAUGAGUACAGGUCCAUUCUUCCUGAGCUGCCCUCUGAGAGAAAGGACUACCGUAGACGUGGACCGCCUGUCUUGCAGAACCGUUUGCAAUCCAAAACGAAUGUGUCGGGUCUGUGGAGAGCAGAAAAUCAUGGACUGGACCUAAAUAAUGCAGAUAAAGGAUCUGAGCGAGGAAAGCCAGUCAUUAGUUGGCGUGGAGCUGUGAUAGUAGAAGGACAGGCCUCUGAUACUGACACCAAAGACACAGAAAACCGAGACGACCCAGCUUCAUUAGCACUUGCUGAGAGCAGACUAGAGGCUGUGAGAGAAGCUUUUAGACAUGCCUGGAAGGGCUACAAGGACUAUGCUUGGGGUCACGAUGAGCUCAAACCCAUCUCUAAAUCAUAUGGAGAGUGGUUUGGACUUGGGCUGACCCUAAUUGAUGCUCUGGAUACCAUGUGGAUCCUGGGUCUCAAAGAGGAGUUUGCAGAGGCCAGGGAGUGGGUGGCCAAAGAGCUCUCCUUCGAUAAAAACGUGGAUGUUAAUCUUUUCGAGAGCACCAUUCGUAUCCUGGGGGGCCUUCUGAGUACUUAUCAUCUGACCAGAGACUCCAUGUUCCUGGAUAAAGCUAAAGAUAUCGGCUCCAGGCUGAUGCCCGCCUUCAACACUGCCUCUAAAAUCCCCUAUUCUGAUGUGAAUAUUGGGAAGGGAACGGCUCAUCCUCCGCGAUGGACUUCAGACAGCACCGUAGCUGAGGUCACUAGCAUUCAGCUGGAGUUCAGAGAGCUCAGCCGACUCACUGGAGACCCCAAAUACCAGUUGGCUGUAAUGGAGGUGAUGAAGCAGGUGCAUAAACUGGACGGAAAGCAAGAUGGGCUGGUGCCGAUGUUUAUAAAUACCAACAACGGGCUGUUCACCCAUCAGGGCAUUUACACACUGGGUGCCAGGGCUGACAGCUACUAUGAGUAUCUGCUGAAGCAGUGGAUACAGGGAGGCAAGACAGAGAACGAAUUGCUGGAUGACUACCUGCAGGCCGUGGAAGGGGUGAAAAAGAACCUGCUGAAGAAGUCUACUCCUCUAGGCCUUACAUUUGUAGGAGAGUUGUCCCAUGGACACUUCAGUCCCAAAAUGGACCAUUUGGUAUGUUUUUUGCCUGGCACGCUGGCACUGGGGGCACAUUACGGCCUUCCUGCUGAUCAUAUGGAGCUGGCAAAACAGCUGAUUGAGACCUGCUACCAGAUGUAUGCCCAGAUGGAGACAGGUCUGAGCCCGGAGAUAGCUCAUUUCAACAUGCAUGAAGGCAGCACAAAGGAUGUAGAUGUAAAGAUUGCUGACCGGCACAACCUUCUGCGGCCAGAGACCGUGGAAAGCCUCUUCUACUUGUACAGAUUUACCAAGGAUAAGAAGUACCAGCAGUGGGGCUGGGAGAUCCUACAAAAUUUCAAUAAGUACACAAGGGUUCCCACUGGAGGUUACACGUCCAUAAACAACGUCUGUGACCCGUCCUAUCCCAGCCCUCGAGACAAGAUGGAGAGCUUCUUCCUGGGUGAGACGCUUAAAUACUUCUACCUGCUGUUUUCUGAGGACCCUAACCUUAUCAGCUUAGACAAGUACGUCUUCAACACUGAAGCCCAUCCUCUGCCCAUAUGGCCACAAGCAGAGUGAUGGACCUAUAAGCACACGUGCGUUACCAAACACACCUCUCUCAGGGCUGAACACAUUUGAUAUCCACACUGCCAUCUUUUUCUACACUAGGAACUCUUUUUGUAAUUGAAAGUCACUAAAUGGUGAAAUAAUUACAAGAGCCAUGACAAACAUCUGUUUGUAGAUGCGUAGUUUUUUAGUGUACCAGUGAUCUGUAUGUUUCUAUUAAUAGAGUUUCUCUAUUUAUGCUUCUAUGCUGCUGUCGAUCAGUAUGAAACAGUAUGUGCAGUCUCUUUGCCCAAGCACACAGACAAAAAGAAAAAAAAAAAACAUACUGUGAAACAUUAUAGGGACUGCAAGCACUUUAUGGUGUGUUUUUGGGGUUUUAGUGUGCGUGUAUUUUUUUUUUUUUUUAAAUGAAAGAACCACUGCUCUUUUUGUUGUGGGGGUUUAGGGAGUCUUUCACCAUUAUCUGAAGGUCUAUUUAGCUUUGUAAAUUUAUUUUUCUUUGCAUCACAAUUAUUUACAUUUGUUUUUCAGAGCAUUUGGAACAUGUGGUUACACUUUACAAUAAGGUUUCAUUUGUUAACAUUAGUUUAGGCUUUAACUAACAUGAACUGACAAUGAGCAAUAUAUUUUUGCAGCAUGUAUUACCUUUGUUAAUGUUAGUUCACUGUGCAUUAACUAAUAUUAACCGAUACAACUUUUGAUCUUGAAAAUGUAUGUUGAGAUUAACAUUAGGAUUAGUAAAUGCUGUAGAUGUAUUCUACAUUGUUAGUUUUUGUUAAUUAUAGUAGUUAACUGAUGUUAACAAAUUAAACCUUAUAGUAAAGUGUUACCAAAAAUUUUGAGUUAUCAGACAGCAUUGUAUAAAUUUUAUCUUGUGAUAAAGCACAUGCAAGGGGAAACAUUUGUUUUUCUAAAUUUAUUUUAAAUAUUUCUUUUUUGUUUUGAGCCUAAAACCCCAACCUUGCUGUGAAGGAUUUUAAUGCCAUUCUGUGAAUAGGAGAAAUGUACAUAUUUGUGCUGAGUUUGGUGUUAGUGGGUUUAUUAUUUUAUAUAUAUUAAAAAGCUCCUUUAAAUGUUAACUUGUUAGCAGGUGACCGUCAUAUGAACCAUUAUUAUUAUUAUUAGAUUUUUAUUCAGUUUUGUCCCAUUUCUUUUUUUUUUUUUUGUGGUUGCAGAAUUAUAAGUAUUUAAGUGGAGCAUUAAUCAAGCAGUGUUUUGUUUUUUUUUAAAGUAAGUGUCUAUAAUAUAUUAUGGCACAUCUCACUCUUUCAUGGGACCAACAUCAGAUUAAGAUUGUCAUUAGUAUUUUCAUUUGGUCUUGGAACAUGUGUAUAAUGAACUUCAAACAUUUGGUAUUGGUAGAAUAUUUGUAAAAUGUGAAAAAUUGGGUGGUUGUUGUUUUGUUUUGUUGUUUUUUUUGUUUUUGGGGUGGUCUUAGAACUUUAAAGAAUCUUCAAAAUUCCAAAUGUUUUCAUGUAGGAAGAAAAAUGGAAUGUUUAAUUAUUCAUUUUUCAUUACUGAUUACAGAUCAGUUUGUGGCCUGAGCUUAAAUAGAAUAGAAUGUAUAGGAUGUCUUAAUGUUACUGAUAACAAGCAGGGCUAUUAACUUUUUGACCAUCAAAGAACAGACCUGCUGUUUACACAGAUGACAAAUGUAUUAUGUGCAUAGUAUUUGAAAAGCUGGUUGAACAUUACGUCUCACUGUGCAGAAUCUUACAGUAAUAUUACCCAGAGUUUUGUUUUGGUACCGUGUAAUAUUAUAGCCAUUGCAGAUGUUCAUCAAGGGCUGGUUUUUUGACGUCGUGCUGUGGUGAGGUGUUUGUUCUGUUCCACGUGUGCCUUUACAUACAGAGCAAUGAUGACAAAUGUUGUCUAUUUUCAAUCCUGAGAAUCAAGUUUUUAUGAGAAAUCAAUCUAUUUUAAUCAUCUCAUUCCUUUUGUGAAACUACGAUUCCUUUUUUUUUUUUUUUUUUUUUUUUGUGAAUAAAUACUUUGUGACUAUUUAUAAUACAAUGUGCAAGCGUUAAAUUAACUUGCUAUCCGUAUGCCAUUUCUAGGUUUUUUUUUUUUUUCUCUCAUUGUGUGAGAAAUUGAAGACCGCUAGCUUGUGUGUAUCAGAUUUAAAAUGAAGGGCUUUUCAUGCUUCACUCUUAAUUGUUGUGCAAAUGUCUUAAAUUAUCAUCUGCCUCAUGCAUAUUGACAAAUCAACAUAGUUCUGAAUCAUUCGUACACCAAAGAUGUGCCAUAAAUUUCAAAGAAUAUUCUAAAAGGGGCAAUAAUAAUGUGGUACAGCGGUAUAUAUUCCUUUGAAUUUCCUUAGAAGUACCCCAACGCAAUCUGCCAAUUUGUAAAUGAUGAAUUAGACAUAAGAGUGAGCUUUUACAUAAUGAAAAUGUUUGUUUUUUAAUUGACAAAUUCAUAUUUCUGGAAUAUAUCUUUUUAAUGUCCAUUUCUGUGGAAAAUAAAUGGAUUUAUUCAAUAUUUUACAAGUUUACAAAUGUUGAAAUAAAUUGUACAUAAAAAUAA